CCGAGCUAUUGAAGGUGUCUCAGAUGUGGGGAAAAACAGCAAUGACUGUCCUCCACCAGUGGGGGGGGCAACAACGCAGCAAACCGAGCCUAAUCUGCCGGAAAUGACACAAAGAAGAAGAAACAACUCAACCAAACAUGGCUCCUGUGCAGCAAUGGGGUUGAUGUAACGCUAACUAUUUAACGCCAGUGGUGCAGCACUGUUAGACGCGACAUGGACAACCUGUACCACUACACCGGGUCAGAGGCGCAGCAGCCCCUGGUCUAUAACGGCGGGUAUCUGGAGACCCCGUACCACGCCAGCAGACCGCCGCCGAGCAGCGCGGCGCAUGAACCCGCACAGCCGGACCACUGGACCCCUGCGCGGGGGUAUGACGGCGGACAACCGUACGGGUUUAGAUGCGAGUUCCCGGCGGCUCCGUCUCACGGGGGAGGGGGCUUCGGGGGGCCUCCUUUGCCCCUUCCGUAUGGGUUUGACCCUUCCGUGCCCCCGCCUCCUUUCGGCUGUCCACCGCCUGGACACUUCCUUGGACACGCGGCGCGCGCUCCGCUUUACGCACGCAGCAGCAGCGCAGCAGAGACCUUUGACACGUUUAACCCGCAGUUUAGACCCUGUCCCCGGGCUGCUCGGUACGACCUGGACCCGGAUCAGACCCAACAGCACGAAUAUGAGGGCUUCUCCGAGAGGUCUCCCUCGGGGACGACCGCGCGUCCUGAGGAUGAGACGUCCCUGCAGAGGAGGCAGGACCAGCAGUGGAUCCGACGCUUCCUACAAGGCAGGGACUCAACUCCCAGGACCCCAAAGACCCCAGAGACCCGGCGGAGGCCCCGGCACACCUCUGCUCCGGACCCGAGGGAGGCUCUGCGCCGGGCGGCUCAGCUCGUCUCUCAGCUCGCAGAGUCCUGUGAAGCUCUGAGGGCCGACGUGGAGAACGAGUGCGUUUGGGAGGACUCCUAUUCAGUGGCUUUAAACGUGAAGACAGAGCUACAGGAUGCACUCAAAGUCCUCGCGGACGGGGGGUGUGUUUCAGACAGCUGGAAGGCUGCAGUGUCCCGGGUGGCUAAGAGGAGGGCUCGACGGCUGAGAGCCAGGAGACGGCUCCAGAUGGAGGAGACGCGCAGAGAGGAGCGCAUCGCGGAGAAAGAGGCUGUUAUAAACGCAUGGAGGAUGCAGCAGAUCCAACAAGUGGAGGAGAAGAAGAAGGAGAGGGAGCUGAAGCUGGCCGCUGACUCCGUCCUCUGUGAGGUGAGGAAGAAGCAGGCGGACGUGAAGAGGAUGCAGGACAUCCUGAGAUCUCUGGAGAAGCUGCGCAGACUGAGGAAAGAGGCGGCGUCGAGGAAAGGUAUCGUCACCGAGCAAGAAUGUGACGAGGCCUUCAGCAGCAGACUGGAGAAGCUGAGGUGUGUGAUGAAGAAGAGGACCGCGGUUUACUCGGCGGAGGAGAAAGCGCUGAUGGUGAUGCUGGAAGGGGAGCAGGAGGAGGAGAGGAGGAGAGAGCAGGAGAAACGAAUGAAGAAGGAGAGGGAGAGACACCUGCAGAGGAAACGCAGAGUGAACGCCAUGUUGUUUGGAGAUGAGCUUCCUGUUGAUUCUGUUCUGCUGCCCUUCAGAGAAUAUUACACCCAGGCUGAGCGCUCACUGCACGCUUUACUGCAAAUCAGGAGAGAGUGGGAUGCGUUUGCGGUUCCAGCCGAUCAUCCUGACGGUUCGCAGGUUCCUCAGAGCUGGAUCUUGCCAGACGCCCCGUCAGACCACGCCUGGGCCUCCGCUCUGCACACCGCUGACACUGAGUGAGACAGCCUCACCCUCACUUUGUGUCCCGUCAACCAGUGUCUGACAUCCAGCACCAUAAAUCCAAACCGAUAUCCUGCAGGUGUCUCUGGAAGGACUGUUGGGAUAAACCCUGUAGAGGAAUGUCAACAAUGUUGAUGAGUAAAUAAGUCGAAAAGGAUUUAGAAGCUGUUUGUUCCAAAAGCUCUGUUACCUUCAUUAGGAAAAUAAGAUAAUGAACUUGCGACUGAAACUCUGUUUGUCAGAACUCAAGCAUGAGGACAGUGAUGAGGUGAGAACUGCAGAGGUCACCGAACAAAAUGCUUCAGAAGAAACACUGAGUCGAUAACAAAAAAAGGACGUUUUUGAAUCCGUCUGUCCCUCCACAGCUCCGCCAGGAAAAAAACCUUUUGAUGACAUCAAAAGGCUUCAUGAUCAAAUGAAAAUUCAGAUUUGAGCUCCAAUUUAAAAACUGUUUUUUUUGAUCUCACUAAGUUUAUUCUCUUUCUGUUUUGGUUCAUAUAUUGUUUUUUUUAAUCUAAAAAAUUAUUGGCGUUCCUUUUUCCUUUUGGAAAGUUUACUUUGUGGUUGUGUUGUUUUUUUUAUUUAAAGUGUCAUACUGAUAAUGACUGAUGGUGAUAAAUGUAAUACCUUACCAAUGAAUUGCUAUUUUUCUAGUUUUUGUACCUUUUUCAUUUUUUUUAAAGGAAAAGCACGUUGAGGAGCAAUACAUGUUGGCUUAAACCUUUCAGUCCAAUA